CCCGAUCUGAGCAUCAUCGAGAAUCUGUGGGAUUGGAUCGAUAAGGCGGUCCGGUCUCGUACCCCUGUCCCAUACACCAAGGACGAGUGGUGGAAGGCCGUGCAGGAGGAGUGGAAAAGGAUACCCCAGCACUAUAUAGACAGCUUGUACGACUCGAUUCCGCGGCGGCUCGCAGCUGUUUGCGAGGCUCAAGGUUACUAUACUAAAUAUUAG